GCCGAAAUAGAGUGAGCUGAAAAUACAGUGCGAUCGAACGUUCACUGCGGCGACGACGAGCGAUGGACGACGCGCUGUUUGAGACCGAGUACGACGUCGUGAUCGUGGGCACGGGCAUCGUCGAGUCCAUCGUCGCUGGCGCCCUCGCCCGCGCUGGCCAGAAAGUGCUGCAUCUGGACACCAACGACUACUAUGGCUCCAACUUUGCCUCGCUCAACUUUGACCAGUUUAACGCCUGGAUGGACGCGCCGAUGGACGCGAAGGCGCCGUUCGCCUCGACGUUUCACUGCACGCGGCUCCACGAAGCCCGCGCCGACGGCUUUGCACCGCGCUCCAAUGCGUUUAGCUUGGACAUCCAGCCCAAGGUGCUGCUCUCGUCGAGCCCGCUCGUCGACGUCCUCGUGCACUCGGGCGUCGGCCGGUACCUCGACUUUAUGGCCAUGCACGAGACGUGCAUGUUUACGCCGCAGCCGCCCCAUCCGCCCGUGUGGCAAGUACCGUGCUCCAAGACCGACGUCUUCAAGAGCCGUCUCUCGGUGCUCGAGAAGCGCCACUUGAUGAAGUUUCUCCAAUUUGUCGCCGACUAUGGCGACGGUGACGCAACGACGCUCAACGAGCGCGACCUCGCGGUGGGCCGCGCGCUCAAGCGGCCCCAGAACAAGCGCAACCAAAAGGACGCUCUCGGAGCGCUCGACACGGCUUCGGACUUUGUCGCAAUGCUGCGCGACCAUUUCAAGCUCUCGCCUACGCUGCAAAACGUCGUCUUGCACGCUGUGCUGCUGCUCACGACAGCACCAAGCGCGCCGCUGCCGCCGACGCCGAGCCUCGACCGCCUCUACGGCUUCCUCUCGUCCAUCGGCCGGUUCGCGCCGUCGCCAUUUCUGACGCCGCUCUACGGCAUCUCGGAGGUCGCCCAGGCCUUUUGCCGCCUCAGCGCUGUUUACGGCGGCAUCUACUACCUCCGCGCGCCGCUAGCCGGUGUGUUGACAUCCGAGAAGCUUGUGACGGGCCUCACCACGUCGACGCCCGAGAAGAAGACGUGGAAGGGCCGUCACUUUGUCUUGAACGCCAUGUACGCGUCGUCCUUUGGCGUCGCGCCCCAUACGACGACGCGGCUGCUGCGCGGGCUCUUCCUCCUCCCGGGGACGCGCCCGCGCACGGUGCUGGUCGUCCCACCAAAGAUGCUGCUCGAGCACCCGUAUGCGAUGCACGUCAUCUCGCUGGACAGCACGACGGCCGUGUGCCCCGCCGAGUACACGCUCGUGCACGUCUCGACGCUCACGAACGAAGCGACGACGACCGCAGCCAUGGUGCACCUCGUGCAACACGUGGUCGCGUCGUCCUUCCCAGAGUCGCCACCGGUCUGGGAAGCCAUCUUUACACUGCCCGUCUACGCGCCGUCGUCAUCCUCGACGCGCCCGCAUAACGUGCACGUGUGCGACGUCCACACGUCCGUGGCGCUCGAGUCGGUCCUCGAGUCGGCGGUCGACGAGGCAAAAGCCAUUUUCGAGGCCAUUUGCCCUGGCGCCGAGUUCCUCCCAAAGUCGGCGUCCGCCGAACAAGCGGAAAUGGAAGCUGCAGCCGAGAACGACGAGACCGCGCAGCUCUUGCAAGCCGCGACCAACCUCCUGCACAUUGACGACGACGUUGGGGUCGCUUCGACGCCGGUCGUUGGAACGCCCGAGGUCGAGACGCCGGCGGUUGCAGCGACGUUGGUGGUCGAGACACCAGCGUUGGUCGAAGCACCGGUCCCCGCACCGACGGCUAGCUACGACCUCUAGUCUUUUGAGCUUGACGCGAUACGCUGCUUGCAUCACAGUGUGUUAGCCAAUAAAAUACGCAGUUAGCGAGCUACUCGGUCAGUAUCCAGC